AUGCGAUUCGAGGCCCACAUUUCAGCCCAGACUCAAGCCAAAGGAGGGACCAAGCCGACUCAGCAGCAGCAUCAGUCAAAACGAGGAUUUGGCGGGACGCACGGUGCUACCAAGGUAAACAGCACUGACGACCGACACCAGCACAAGGUGACCAACAAGGCCAAGCCAAGACCGACCGGUGAUCGUCCGCCGAAGAAGUGCUUCAAAUGCGGUGACCAGACGCAUGGCGUGUUCCAGUGUCCUGCCAUUGCGAGUCCAUCCGAAGCAAAGGAGCUCUACGAGGCAAGAACUGGGAAAAAGACGCUGAAACCUGUAUUAGCCGUGACGGCGUCGGAUUCUAAGGUGGCUACAUCGACUUUAGCCAUUCCGUGUGUUGUAAUGGACAACGUUGAGACGGAAAUCACCCCCGACAGUGCCGCCGAGGUGUCAAUGGUGACUGCAAAAUCACUGAAGCUGUUGACAGCGAAGGGGGUCUGGCUCAACAAGCAGGAUAUUGACGGUGGAGCGGCCAUCACU